GGGAAACAGAAGAGGAAACCUGCACAGCUCCUCCGCAUGUUUUAGGGAGUUCAUGCAGUCAAGAUGGCCAGCAGCUCCGAGAAGUGUUACGACCCGCAGGACCGCACUCUGACAUUUGUAGACGGAGAAGAUGAGUUAGACUUUUUGUGUAUGGACUACAAGUCCCGCAGAGCGAAGAUGUCCUGCGGUCACGCUGUUACUCCGAUGUCUCUCACCGAUCAUUGUCGCAGGCUGCUGGAUGAAGAGAAACAGCACAGGUUUGUGUGUGGAACAUCUAAGUGUGACGUUGAGUGGUCCUUCGAGGAAGUUCGUAAAAUGGCGCUUCUGACUCCUGAAGAGGUGAAAGAAUUUGAAGACAAAAUGUUCCGGAAUGCUGCCAAACAGCACUUGGGUAUCAGAGAAUGUCCUGGCUGCAAGUCUCGCGUGAUGAGAAGUGACCUCAGUGAUCUCAGUGUCAGAUGCACGGUGUGCACAGCUAAAAGAAAAAGCCUUUAUAAGUUCUGCUGGCAGUGUCUGAGGGAAUGGAAAGGUCCGGUUCUACGCACGGACCACUGUGACAACGACGGCUGCCAGAGUCCACUGGGAAUAUUAAAGAACUGCGGAGAUGUCGUCAUCGACGGUGUGAUGGACGUCAGGGGAGAUCCCUUAAAAUGUCCCUCCACCCGAGCCUGUCCCACCUGUGGCAUGCUGGUGCUACAUAAUGGAGAAAGAUGUAAAAACAUUGGCUGUACGCAGUGUAAAGUGGAGUUCUGUUUUGUGUGUCUGAAGACCACUACAGAGUGCCAGGAGAUAAACAAACAGUCAUGGUACAGAGUUUGCUCCACUGGUGUAGCACCAAGACAGACCUCCAUACCUGUGUGGCAGAGCAGAUAAUUGUGUUGAUUCAAUACUGUGAUCUCAAUAAACACAAAGCACCUUUU